AUGAAGUACCCUCUAGUGCCGCUGGUGAACGACCUCACGUUUUCAUUCCUGGUGGUCUCGCUCGGCCUGCCUGUGGCCUUGCUGCUAUUCUUGUUGAUCGUCUGGUUUCGCUUCUUACUUAGCCAAGAUUCAGAGGAAAAUGAUACAGAUUUGUGCUUUGACUGGGAGCCGUGGAGCAAAGGCCCAGCCGAGUGGGACAGGACGCUCCAUGGCGAAGAGGAGGAGAGGCCCUGCCAGUGA